GGGCGGCGCUCUGAGAUCUAUAUAAAAGGCUGUUUUAUAGAAGCUUCUUUCCGACGAAAUGUCUCCUUUGCUGCCAUUUCUUCUGCUUCACUUGAUACUUGGACAGUCUCUCGGUGAUUUGUUCCAAUGGACAGAGAGAGACAAAGUACAAAUCACAAUCAAGUUCAAGGGAUAUGCCAGAUUGUCCAGGACUAACAACAUCGGCAAACUCCUUGGUGAUUAUGGUAACAAGUACGGCCUGCAGUGGGAUGAGAUGGAUGUCACUGAAGGAGGAAGAUGUAGUGAAACGAGUGGAACAGUUGUGGAAAGGUAUCAAGCGCACAUUAUGGAUUGCAACGAGUUUCAAAAGUAUUUGUAUAAUUUGAAACCACGGAGGUACAAUAUCGAGAUGGUCCAUAUUAUUUGCGACCGUAUUGCUGCCACGAUUUGCUUGGCUAGAUCAUGCUCGCUAGAUGAAUACAAGCAGAUGGCCAUUACCAGUUAUGAUUGCAGUCCUUUUCAGCCUUCCACUAACUUCAGUGGAAAAUGAGUUAAAGUCAAGAGGCAUACGAUCUUGAGCUGUCAUAUCAAAUUUUCGAAAAGUGAAAAAUAAAAUGGUUG